AUGGAUCCCGCAGCAGAGAGAAGAGACAUGAAGAGGAACAUUGAGUACAACAACAGUUUGAUCUAUGUGGCGGAUUCAGAGUACGGGAUACCAAGUAGGUGUUACUGUGGUGGGAAAAUGAUAGACGAGGUUCAGGGGAAGGAGGAGAGAGACACUCUUCCGGGGAAGCGCUUCUUCACCUGCAUAAACUACGAGGCUGAUGGGCUCCAUUAUCGUCAGCCUUGGGUGUUUGGUGUCCAGGAGGAAAUCGAGAAGCUGACUGCCCGGCUGGAGAAGGCUGAGAAGGUGAUCAAGGAGGUGCCCAUCCUCAAUCAACAGAUUGAGUCACUAGAGGAACAGGUUAAAAGGCUCUCUGGCCAGGUGGAUGUUCUCGCUGUGAAGGUCGCCGACUUGGAGAUGGUCUGCUUGGAUUGAAGGUCACGGGGUGGAGUUCAAGUUGUAUGGAAGGAAGGAAGGGAAUGCACUUGUUUUAUUAUGUUUAGCUUUAUGGUUGUGUCACGGGAAAGUGUAGUAUUUUGUUUGUCUCUACACUUCAUUUCAAUUCACGGGAAUGUACUUGUCUUUAUGUUUAACUUUGUACUUGUUUGGUUGCUCACGGAUAGCAACCACAUUGAACUUGUAUCGACUCUGCCUACUCUAUAUAUUAA